AUGUUGGAGGCUGAGCUACUGCAGCUGCUACAGCAUUCGCGCCAGCAGCUCCAGCAGCUGAAGCUUCAGCAACUGCAGGUGCAUGAUUGUUGUGAAGGACCUGGUGCUACUGGGGAAAGUGGCAGCAGCAAAGAUGGAAUGUCUCCGGGCUACUGUGGCCACGCAGAGGCUUCUUGGGCGUGUCUGCUGCAGAACCUGCGGACAGCCUUGGAGCUCCGUCAACAGCUAAAUCAGCAGCAACAGGAUACGCAAGAGGCGUCAGCUGCAGCGACUUCAGCUGCAUCGAUAGAGGCCAUUAUGCAGGACUUGGAAUACCAUUACCGCAACGGUAAGCGCUGCGAGAGCCUCCAGAGGCCGCUGCUCCAGCUUCGACGGAAAUAUGUUUACUGGCACCAGAGGCAGCAGCAUCAGAAAGUACUUCUGGAAUUGGUCGACUGGGUGCUAGCCGACAUUGAAGUGUGGGCUCAGGAGGCGCCAAGCGACGAUGAAAUGGCUGCCUCAAUGCAACUAGAAACUUCUGCAGCAGCUAAAGAAUCAAUGCCACCAACGCACCACCAGCUGCUCUCGGCAAUAGAGCAACGCCAGCAGGGUGCAAAACAAGAGCACGAAGAACGCCAGUUGUUGCUGCAGCACAUUGGCAAUGGCGGCAGCAGUGGCGCAAUGGUACCCACAGCAGUGUACGAUGAAAGCGCCCUUAUUGAGGAAGACCUCUUGGGAGCGGCUACAGAGAUGAAGCAGGGAGCCCUAAGAUUUAGAGAAACACUGCAAAAGGACAAUCGUAUGCUGGAGCGCACGUCGGCUACACAAGACACAAUGCAGCAGCAGCAAAUAAAAGGCGUUGAGGCAGCUAAAAAACUGUUGCGCUUCUCCUUCUUCUCCUCCCUCAUGCCUCUAGUGCAACUGGCCAUCGCCCUAAUGAUCACCAUGGCCAUGAUAUUUGUUAUUCUCUUUACACCUGGCUAA